CAGACCUGACAGAGAGUUUAACAAGUGUUCUCUGCUUUUGUUUAUUUUUUGGAUUAUUUCAGUAACUACUACACUUAAGUCUUUACAAAAAUACACUAAAACAGGUUACUUUUUUAUUUUGAAGAACCAAAAAGGUUCGGUGAACUUUUGUUAUAUUUAAAUAAUUUAAAUACAUUUUUCAGCUAUGACUUUAAGGAGUGAACCGUUGGAGAUAACUGGCAACGAGCUAGUCCACAUCCUCAGGACCCCCCGGGAUCAGUACACCUCUGCCGGCUGUGUGGUGUUGGACUGCAGACCCUUUCUCGACUUUUCUUUGGCGCACAUCAACGAGUCCAGAAAUGUUAACUGGAACUCGAUGCUGCGCCGGAGAUCCAAGAGCUCCGUGGUGGCUCUAGAGUGGCUGAUCCCGGACAAGGUGCUCGCGGGCCGGCUGCAGAGAGGAGAGUUUUCACCGGUGGUGGUGGUGGAUGAGGGCAGCAGCUCCGUGGCCGAGCUGAAGGCAGAGAGUGUGGGCCAGAUGUUACUGACUGCUCUGCAAAACGAAGUGCACACUCAGAUCUGCUUCUUGCAAGGUGGAUUUGAGGGAUUUUCAGAGGCCUACCCAGAGCUCUGUUACAUUUCUGCCAGCAUCUCUAAAGUGGAACCAGAGCCAAUAGUGACAGGGCGGAGGACACCAGCAUAUGAUCAGGAUGGUCCAGUGGAGCUGCUGCCUUUCUUGUUCCUGGGCAGUGCCAUCCACUCGUCCCGUAGAGAGACCCUCAUGGCAGCAGGCAUCACAGCUGUGCUCAACGUUUCCUCCACAUGCCCCAAUUUCUAUGAGGGGGAGUUUGAGUACCUGCGGCUCACUGUGGAAGACAGCCUGGCUGCUGACAUCAGAGCCUGCUUCUCCACAGCCAUCGCCUUCAUCGACUCAGUCAAGCAGAAUGGAGGUCGGGUGCUGGUGCACUGUCAGGCAGGUAUCUCCCGCUCAGCCACCAUCUGUCUGGCUUACCUCAUGCACACGCAGCGCGUCAGGCUGGAUGAGGCCUUUGACUUUGUAAAGCAGCGGCGUCAGGUCAUCUCCCCAAACCUGGCCUUCAUGGGACAACUGCUGCAGUUUGAGACCGACGUCCUCUGCCAGGGAUGAAGAAACAUUAAAAGAAUUAAAUGUUUUUGGCUAACUGUGCUAAACUCUUGAGUGCUUUUAGGCCUCGUUUGUACAAAUGUUUUAUUUGUACUUUUGAAACCAGCACAUUUCAGAAGUGUUUCCAUGGUAGGUUUAGAGAAAAGCUACUUGUGCUGCUGGCAUCACAUGUCUGGACAAAUGGAAACUUCACCCAACAAAUAGAAGUUGGCAUUACAAGCUCCACUGAUAGAACCACGUCAUGAACAUUUCUGAUCCUGAGCCAGCAAGGUGGAGCAGCUCAAACAUAACUUCCCAGACAUUUUCUACUCCAGGGAAUCGUGCCUGCUUGUCUGGUUUUGUGUGUUUGUUAUUUUGAAUGACGUAUGUGCCUGAUCUUUGACAAGGGCUGUAUCCUUAUAGACUCAACGCAAUUCUUUCAACCCUGUCUUUUUAUGAGACAACACUGUGAUAAUCUCCUAAGCAAUACAAAUGAAUCUCAAGUUUUAUUUCCUAAUUUAUAGUAAUGCACUUACAACAGUUAUUUCCAUCAAUCUGUAUCCUGAGAGAGAAUGUACAGUCAACCUGUAAGAAGUUGGUUUUUAUAAUGUAAAUAGAGUUUAUAUUUUUAUUUAUUAUAUCAGCAUUUCUCAUGACAGUUCUGGCAUUAUUACUGUCUGUUACUGCACUUUAUACCUCCAGGGUUUGGCUGAUUCCUGCUGUUUUCCACUGAAAUAAAAACAUGCCAGGGAACA